AGUUCCACAGAAAUCCUUUAAAGACCCUGCUAUCGCACUGGUAACAAGAAGCAGCUUGUCUUUCUACACAGGACAUUAAAACAAUUAGUGUGGGAGUUGUCAGCGUGCAUGAAAAACCACCGAAUGAUUCCGAUCUUACAACAAACUGCCUGGUGUUGGCCACCCUGCCCAUUGGCUGGGAGAGCUAAAGUAGGAAGGAGUGCGUUCCUGUCGGUGUGAAUAAAGUCUGCUCUCUCCAUGAGCCUCUGCACUUAGAUCGGGGGAGUUUAGCUCUCCCUGUCCCCGAUGAAGAAGAUGCACCAGCUCCUCAUCUCCACAGCGAUCUUCCUCGCCGGGCUUCACGGCAUUCAUUCCUUUAAGAUCUGCUCCUUCAACGUGAGGACCUUCGGAAAAUCCAAAGCUGCCAAGGAAGGAAUGCUGGACAUACUCGUGAAGAUUAUCUCCCGCUGUGACCUGUUGUUGAUGAUGGAGAUCAAGGAUGUAAGCAACCAAGCCUUUCCCGCGCUCAUGACAAGACUGAACAAUCAUGGCAACAGGAAUGAAUAUGAAUCGAUCAUCAGUGUCCGUCUGGGCACGGGCACCUACAAGGAACAGUAUGCGUUUAUUUACAGACACAAAUUAUUAUCGGUGAAAAGAAGUUAUCAAUAUCCGGAUUUCCCAGCAAACAACGCGGACGUGUUUGCACGAGAGCCGUUUGUAGUUUGGUUUUCAUCACCCUCCACCUCUGUGAAAGACUUUGUGGUUAUUCCCCUGCACUCAAUGCCAGAUGCCUCCGUGUUUGAGAUCGAUGCCUUGUACGACGUCUACACAGCAAUGAAGCGGCGUUGGAGAGCCAAGUACUUCAUCAUCAUGGGAGACUUGAAUGCGGACUGCGACUACGUCAGGAGGAAGGAAUGGAAGAAUAUCAGACUGCGAAACGAUACCAACUUUGCCUGGCUGAUUGGUGAUGAAGAGGACACGACGGUUAGAGAAAGCACGCAUUGUGCCUACGACAGGAUUGUCCUUCGUGGUGAGAAGCUGCUGAAGGCGGUCGUUCCUGAUUCAGUCAGCGUGUUCAAUUUCACGGAGGCUUACGGCAUGACUGAGCCGCAGGCGCUGAAAGUGAGUGACCACUACCCCGUGGAGGUUGACCUGCGCGAGUCUCACGGCUUCUUCAGUUGGCUCAAGUCCCACAAAGGCCUGCGUGGGUAGAGGAAGACUCAAACUACGCUGGCCGCACCUUGCCUUGCAGUGGGACCCACUGCUUAUAUCAUGUGUCUUAAGCUUCUAAGGUAGAUACACAAUGUUGGAGUAACACAGCGGGUGAGGCAGCAUCUCUGGAGAGAAGGAAUGGGCGACGUUUCGGGUCGAGACCCAAAGGGUCCAGCACUUUGUGUCUACCUUCAAUUUAAACCAGCAUCCGCGGUUCUUUCUUACACAUCUUAAGCUUCUAGUUUAGUAUAGAGAUACAGCCCGGAAACAGGCCCUAUUCACCACCGAGU